GUCUCUAAGGUUCAAGUACUGCAAGUUCAGGCAUGGGGAUUUGCGCUUUUUGCACCAAAGAUGUGGAUAAAGGCGGGGUUCAAUUGUCUUAAUCUGGAUCUAUGCGCGAACUCUAUUCAGAGAAUGAAAGAGCAACAGCCGUAAAGCGUAGUGAGAUGUAACUGAACGGGAGCGUGUAGUUUCGUGUCUCAUACUGUGUCCUUAAUGGACUCGAUCAUCCAGCAGUUGCCCUUCGGCAUCGUCGACAGCCACGAAAUAUCGUCUUCAGCAUGUCUGUCCCAAGCCUGUUGGUCCUGUACGGUAGCCAGACCGGGACAGCGCAGGAUACAGCGGAGAGGAUCGGACGACAGGCCAAGAGGAGGUGGUUCAAAGUCAGGGUGGAGGCAUUGGACAGCUACAAUGUGGCAAACCUUAUCUCUGAGUCCCUCGUUGUGUUUGUGUGCUCCACAACUGGCCAAGGGGACCCCCCAGACAACAUGAAGAAUUUCUGGAGGUUUCUCUUUCGGAAGUCCCUGCCAGCGGGGUCCUUGUGUCGACUGGAUUGUGCCGUUUUGGGUUUGGGGGAUUCUUCCUAUCCUAAGUUUAACUUUGUUGCCAAGAAACUUCACAAGCGCCUACUGCAGCUGGGAGCCAGUGCUCUCCUACCGGUGGGGCUUGCAGAUGACCAGCAUGACUUGGGGCCAGAUGGAGUGAUUGACCCCUGGCUCAGGGCAUUCUGGGAAAGAGCCCUGGCUCUAUAUCCACCACCUGCUGGACUGACCCCCCUUGGUGAAGAUGAGCUACUCCCACCAAGGUAUGUGUUUCACUUCCUGGAUGAUGUCACAGAGAAUCCCCCCACCCUAUCAGAGGCCUCGGACACCGAUCGUCCCAGGCCCGCCUCCCAGGCCCAUCCCUUCCUGGCACGGAUGGUGUCCAACCAGAGAGUGACACACGCCUCCCACUUUCAGGACGUGCGUCUCAUUGAGUUUGACAUCACGGGGUCAAACAUAGAAUUCAGUGCGGGAGACGUGGUGAUGAUGCGUCCCAGGAACUCCUCUGAAGAUGUGGAGCAGCUCUGCCAGCUGCUGAGACUGGAUCCUGAGCGGCAGUUCACCCUGAGCCCAGCAGAGGGCGAGACAGUGCCUGCACGUUUGCCCCAGCCCUGCACCGUCAGACGCCUCCUAGAGAGCUUCCUUGACAUCGCCAGUGUGCCGCGGCGCUCGUUCUUCGAGCUGCUGGCGGGCUUCGCCACGAACGAGCUGGAGCGGGAGAAACUGCUGGAGUUCAGCUCGGCGGCAGGCCAGGAGGAACUGUACAGCUACUGCAACCGACAGCGGCGUACCGCGCUGGAGGUCCUGACCGAUUUCCCACACACCACGGCUGACCUCACCGCGGACUACCUGCUGGAUCUGUUCCCUGAAAUCCAGCCACGCUCCUUCUCCAUCGCCUCCUCGCUGCUGGCGCACCCCAACAGGAUCCAGAUCCUCGUAGCCGUGGUGAAGUACAAAACCAGACUGCACAAACCUCGCAAGGGCCUCUGUUCAUCUUGGUUGGCCUCACUGGACCCCACACAGGGGGAGGUCUGUGUCCCAUUGUGGGUUAAGAAGGGAGGCCUAAAGUUCCCCAGUGACCCUGAAUCAGCUGUUAUAAUGGUAGGGCCUGGAACAGGGGUGGCCCCCUUCAGAUCUGCAGUACAGGAGAGGAUCGCCCAGGGCAGGAACGGCAAUGUGCUAUUUUUUGGAUGCCGUUCUGAGUCCAAGGACUUCUACUGCCGUCUGGAGUGGGAAGAGAUGGAGCGGGCGGGGCAACUAACUCUCUUCACCGCAUUUUCCCGGGACCAGGAGGACAAGAUCUAUGUGCAGCAUCUCGUGAAGGAGCAGGCCGCGCUGCUGUGGGAACUCAUCGGCAAUAAGAAUGGACAUUUCUACAUUGCUGGCAAUGCCAAGCAGAUGCCAGCAGCCGUGUGUGACGCUCUGAAGGGGGUGUUCCAGAGUGAGGGGGGCAUGUCUGCCGCCCAGGCAGAGGACACAUUCGCCACCAUGGAGCGGUCAGGCCGUUUCCAGAGCGAAACCUGGGCCUGAUCCCACGCUCAAACCCCGGGCUGGACCACAGUGAUGCUCCGCAGGCCACCUCACAGAAAUCCUCCAGGCAGAGGUUGUCUGUAAAUGCUAAUCACAGACCAGUUUUGCUCUUUGUCUUAGUAACAGUUGUUUAGUUUAGCUUUAGUAA